GGGGGUGGAGAAUGUAGCAGACACAGAGUUAAGGGAGUGAACUCAACACACAGGACAGUACCGAGGCGGGGACAGACAAACACACAUCAUCCGAGUCUCUGCACUGGGUAUGUUUCCACCACUUGCUGCCCAGGGUACCAUGGAACAAGAUAUCAUGACACUCACACCAACCACAGUGGCAAAUUCCAGCAAGACCACAGAGACCAUGAAGAUCCCUCACCUGACCUCUGCUGUGUUGCUUUUUAUCACCUUCCUGGUGGGUGUGUUGGGGAAUGGGCUGUAUCUGUGGGUGUUGGGACUGAAGAUGAAGAGGACAGUGACCACACUCUGGUUCCUCCACCUGAUCUUCUGCUACCUGCCCUUCACCCUGCUGAUCCCCUUCUUCGCUGACUAUGUCCUCCUGGAUUUCCACUGGGUCUUCGGCAUGGCCAUGUGCAAGCUUCUCAAUGCCUUCGGUUCCAUGGGCAUGUUCUCCUCUGUUUUCCUUCUCACACACAUCAGUCUGGACCGCUACAUCCUCACUCACCAUCCCAUCUGGUCUCGGAAUCACCGCAUCGUGCCCAGGGCUCAGAAGCUGGUUGUGGGUGUGUGGCUGGCCUCCUUCGGUCUCAGCGCUCCCUACCUGGCUUUCCGGGAGACCCAUGAGGUGGACGGGGGUAAGAUUGCCUGCAUCAAUAAUUACAACAUCUCUGGAGACUGGAAUGGAGCCAAGACGCAAGACCUGGGCAGAUGGGUCCACCUGGCCAUGUUUGUGGUCCGGUUCCUGCUGGGCUUCCUGCUGCCGUUCUGCAUCAUCACAGGAUGCUAUAUCCGUGUGGGGCUGAAGAUGAAGGCAAAGAAGCUGGUGUGGGCUGGGAAGCCCUUCAAAGUCAUGGUGGCCGCGAUGGUUUCCUUCUUCCUGGGCUGGCUGCCCUACCAUCUCUACCACGGCUUGAAGCUCUACAAGAAGGAGAUGCCAGAGUCAGUGACGGGUACCCUUUUGGUCAUUUACACCUUCACUUCCUGCUUCAAUGCCUCCUUCUCUCCCAUCCUUUACCUUUUUGUGGGGGAGAAGUUCUGGCAGGUCUUCAGGACGUCUCUUCUCACUCUGGUCAAAGCAGCUUUGGCUGAUGAUCUUGGCAUCAGUGCCCCCAAGUCUAAUGGAAGACGUGGGUCAGAAGUUAAGAACACAAAAGAAGAGAUCAUCUGAAAGUACCCAGACUUAGGGAAAGUUGAACAUUUGGCAUCUCUUUUCUUCCUAGAUUCCUGCUGGUUCUGAAACCUAAUGGGUUCCAGGUAUCUCAAUGUUUGUAAACCCCACAGUGUCCCUGGGUUCUAGGUUCCCUGCUGUCUCCAGAAUCCCAUACAUUCUAGAUCUCUCAAUUUUUUGAAUCUGAAUGGUCAUCAAUGUCACACUGAUAGCCAGCUCCAAAAUCUUUUUUCUUUUAGGUCUAUCUAUAUGUUUUAACCUAAUUGACUCUCUUGGAUUCUACAUCUCUAGCUGGCUCUGGAAUCUCAUUUACUGUAACCCUCUGUGUGGUCAAAUUCUAAGUCUAUUGAGUCUAGGCUCCUAACUGGAUCUAGGACAUCACCGGGUUCUAGAGUGUUUUCAAAACACAUAGAAUCCAGCAGGUUCCAGAUUGUUUGCUAAAACUUGCAUCUUGAGUCUAGAUUUCCAAAUGGUUUAAAAAAGUUAUAGUAUAUUAUAGAGGAAUCUGUGUAUUAUAAUAGAGAUAUCUAGCUCUUCUCUAAUGAUUGUCAUCAGUGCAUCUCAAAGAGCUUUACCAAGGAGGUCAGUAGCAGUCUUCCAUUUUUAUACAAAUGGGGAAAUUGAGGCACAGAAUGGGGAAGUGAUUUGGCCGAGGUCACCCAGCAGACUAGUGGUAGAACUGGAACAAAUGCAGGCCUCCUAUAUCCCAGCUGAGGUAAUAAUAAUUUCCAGGUUUUCCUUGAACUAUGUAGUUUCUAUAAGGUUUGUGUGACAGUUCUGAUAUAAUUUACAAACACCGUGUGAUCCAAUCACUGGGAUAUUUCAUGCAGGGAGGCUAUGGCUUAGUUUAAGAGUGUCCGGUAAGGAAAACAAGCUAGUGGAAUAAAGAGCUGCUCCAGAGAAACCACCUGCCCAUGAACUCUUUAGGGUGGUGAAGAGGGAAAGUCCAAGCUAAUAAGAGUGAUGCUAUAGGAAAUAUGGGUGAUCGUUUAUAAUAUUAUGGAUACGAAAUUGCAGUGAAACAUACCAGAUAUGCCAUGUAAGCUAUCAGUGGAAAAGUUAUCAUUUGAUAAAUAUAUGUGUAUGCAUCCUCUUUGUAUCAUGAGUUGUAAAUGUGUGGUACAUUGAUAUAUCAAACCUGUGCUGUGUAUCUGGGUGACACCUCCAGAUAGAUUGCGUCAGCACUAUCCAGCCUGUUGGAUGGCCUAUCAAGAACUGACUGGUAGUGUUGUAUUUUGGGUAAGAUCCAACCCAGUAUUGAUCUGGGAAUGUAACUGGCCCCUUCUUGAUAAGAACAACAUUUUGUGUAAUGAAUAGAAUUUAAAGUGACUUCUCAAUUUACUGGACCUAUUUGCUGAUUGGGAUUUCAAUAAAGGAGGCUAUGGGGUUUCUUUUUCA